CUGAAUCCUCAGGAUGUUUACUCUGGCCUCCAUUCGCUCCUGUCCACAGGUUCAGGAUCUCUUGGUUGGUGUCUGAAGGUGUGAGAGCAAUUUAGAGGGCAGAGUUUGGAGGAAUUGAAAAGAAAACACCAUUCCUUUGGUACCUGAGCAUAAGUGUCAGGAGUCAGAACAGACAGACAGGAUCACAGCAAGAAUGGCCUCAUCAGUCCUGGUGAUGAUCCAAGAGGAGGUGACCUGUCCCAUCUGCCUGGAGCUCCUGAAGGAACCUGUGAGUGCUGAUUGUGACCACAGCUUCUGCCGAGCCUGCAUCACACUGAACUAUGAGUCCAGCAAAGUCAAUGAAGGGGAGGGCAUCUGCCCUGUGUGCCGAGUGAGUUACCAGUUUGGGAAUCUGAGGCCUAAUCGACAAUUGGCCAACAUAGUGGGGAAGCUAACAGGGUUCAAGUCCAGCCCAGAGGAGGAGCAGAAGGUGAAUGUCUGUGCACAACAUGGAGAGAAACUGCAGCUCUUCUGUAAGAAGGACAAGGUGGCCAUCUGCUGGCUUUGUGAGCGGUCUCAGGAGCACCGUGGUCACCAAACAGCUCUUAUUGAAGAGGUGGCCCAAGAGUACAGGGGGAAGCUCCAGGCAACUCUACAGAAACUGGUGGCAAAAGAAAAAAUAUGUGAUGAGUGGAAAGAUGACCUUCAAGAGGAGAGAACUUUCUGGAAGAACCAAAUACAGGGUGAUGUAGAAAAAGUUCAGAUGGAGUUUAAAGAACUUCGGGAAUUCCUGGACUCCAAGGAGAAGAAUGAGGUGCAGAAGCUGAAGCAGGAGGAGGAAGACAUUAUGAACAGCCUGGCAGAGUCUGAAAGUGAGCUGGUGAAGCAGAGGGAGUCAGUGAGAGACCUCAUCUCAGAUGUGGAGCAUCAGUUGCAGUGCUCAACCAUGGAAAUGCUGCAGGGUAUGAAUUCUGUUCUAACAAGGAGUCAGACCUUAAGACUGAAACAACCUGAAAUGAUCCCAAGAAAACAGAGAAGGAUCUUCCGCGCUCCAGAUCUGAAAGGCAUGCUGCAAGUGUUUCAAGGGCUCAUGGAUGCUCAACAAUACUGGGUUCAUGUGACCCUGCAUGGAACCCACGAUAAAAACGUUGUCAUUGAUAAGGACAAAGGAGAAAUACAACAUCGAAAUGUUAACAGAAAAAAUCCGCAAGUUUCUGAGACCUAUAAGUUGGGUGUUCUGGGAUAUCCAGCUAUCUACUCAGGGAAACAUUACUGGGAAAUAGAUGUGUCUAGAAGUGAUGCCUGGCUCCUGGGAUUAAAUGAUGGAAAACGUUCUCAACCCAAACUUCAUGCACCAAAUGAAAAGGGCAUCAAGGUCAAAUACAAUCCUGAUUUUAAACAAUAUGCAAAUUUUGUGUCUAAAUAUGGCCCUGAAUAUGAUUAUGAUUAUGAUUAUGAACAACAUGACUAUCAGCCUAAAUAUAAAGUUAAAGAUGAUUCUGAUGUGAAAAAGCAUGUAAAUUAUCAACCUAAAUAUGGCUACUGGGUUAUAGGGAUGAAGAAUGGGUCUGUAUAUAAUGCCUUUGAAGAAUGUUCUGUCACUCACAAUGGCAGUGUCUUGGUCCUCUCUUUGAUUCGUCGUCCCAGUCGUGUUGGAGUUUUCCUGGACAGAGAAGCUUGUACUCUCUCAUUUUAUGAUGUUUCCAACCAUGGAGCUCUCAUCUAUAGAUUCUGUGAACCUUCCUUCCCUGAUGAAGUUUAUCCAUAUUUUAAUCCUAUGUCAUGUUUAGAGCCAAUGACAGUAUGUGGGCCACCCUCCUAAACCCUCACCCAUAUCUGCACAGUGCCCCAUGUCUGAUGUAUCUCAUGCCUGAGCUCCCUGGCAUCAUUAUAACUGUUUCUGCCUUUGCUCUUUCCCUUUUAAUAAACUUCACUUGUCAGUACAAACCAACAUGGAUUUUUUUACUUGCUCAAGUUGCUUGCCCAUUUACAAGGCAAUAGUAAUUUAUCAUCUCCCAUAUUCCCAAAGAAAAUGACUCUUUCCUUAUUAGGUGAGGUGAAGCCUCUGCUAACCCCACUUCCUGUUUUGUGGUGCCACAGAGGGAAGACAGGGCCUUGUGCAUGCUGAGGAGGUGCUCUACCACUGAGUCACCUGUCCCAGCUCUGCCAUGUCUGCACAAGCCCAUGCCUUCUGCCACUGACAAGAGAUGAAAGAAAGUUCUUCGCCAGCUUGUCUAUUUAGUUUUGAAAAUUAUAUGUAGGAGUUUCUAGCCUAGGAAUGAGCCCUUAGUGGUACGUCAGGUUAACCACAAUGUUUGUGCUUCAUCCAAACUUAAGAAGGAAACAUCUGCAAUGGUACCCACUAAGACUGCGUGUUCAGAGUACCUGGGUUCUAUUCUGCCACUCCACACAGCACUGUAACCCUGAAUAACAUCCUCAAAGGCAUAUCCUUAUUAUAAUUUGUUUACCCUUUUGUAUAAAUAGUACACCUACACUCUAGGUUAGUGUAAGAGAAUAAAGGGGGGGGCGUUGUUAGAAGACUCUGAGGGUAAAAGCAAUCCUGAGGACAGUUCAAUCACUCCAAUCCACCUGGGAGGAGGCAGCCAAUCCUCCAGAUUGUCCUCUACCUCCACACACAUGCUACAGUACACACUGAUGCAGCAUGAAUGAUGUAAGUUUUAAAUAGAGAAUAAAUUCACUAAGAAAAAAGCAUCCCCUACACUCAGUAGAUGGUUGUUAUGUUAAUAUGGGGGAAGAGGUGCUCUACUGGGUUUCCAUGCUACAGUGGCCCACAGGGCAGGGCUCAGGGGAUGACUAAUGUUCGACUUUCCUGAUGUCUUGCAGUUAGGUCCUUGAACUGCCAUCAAAUCUACUGUAGAUGUACAUUGUCUAUUGUACAUACCUACAAACAUUUUUUGAUUUUUGUGGAAUUCCAAAUCCAACAGGUCCGUGGAGCAUGCCUGUACCCCAUAAUCUCUCAGGGAUUUACUGUAGGAGUCCAGCCUUCAUUCCUAACUCAGGGGAAAAACCUGGAUGCCCUUCAUAGAGACAUGAGGUCACAUCAUUUUUAAAGUCAGCAAUUCUUUUCCUCCCUGACAGAAAGCUUGUGCCAACAUAUGUUAUUUUGCUGGCAGCCUGCCAGCUGCUAAACUAAGGGACCUGCCACCUCUGCUGCUGCCACAUUCCUCUUCCCUCCCAGCACUUCCCCUGAAUGGGGGGGGGGGUGCUCUUUGGUAUUUGAACUGCUAAUCCCUGCUUGCCCUCAAUUCAACUGGUGAAUGCAAAUUAGGUGAACAAUUCCACCUCUGUAUGCAAAUUAGAUGUAUUUUGUUUAUUCUUUGGCUUUAAGCUACAUGUUAACUAUCCUGUUACCCCAAUAAACAGGCUGCCUUGUAUGUA